GACACAAUGUUAUGGUAAUUAUGAUUGAAGAUAUAUUUAACGAUCGUGAAAAAGAUAAUACGCUUUUAUCAUCGUUUUCAUGACACUACAACACAUUUUCAGUCAGCGCUAAUAUAAAAGUCACAAGCAUUUAUAAAUCGGGUUAGUGCACAUCUAAACAGCCCGUCUAAUGUUGUAUUAACAUUUUUAAGAAAAAAUUAUAUCAAAUUACGUUUUAUUUUAAUAAUGGAAACAAAAACUGAUCAUAGCAGCGAUAUUCGAAAGUGGUUAAAAGUUGCACUAGCAGAAGAAAAUCUUGAAAAUUUUUCUGUCAAGGUAACUGGAACUUCUGAAAAAGGUGAUGGUUAUGUAGCCGAUAUAAUUUUCGUAAUUGUGAAAGGUACUGAUACACAAGGCAAGGACAAACACUACGACCUUGUUUUAAAAUGCAGUAAGUCUAGUGUCGCUUUAAUGGAAAACGUACCGGCUUUUAGAAAUGCAUUUGUGAGAGAAGCUUACAUGUAUGAAAACGUUUUUCCCCUUUUCAAAGAAUUUCAAGUUAAUAAAAGUAUCGAAAAACCCUUUGACAGUGUACCGAAAUGUUACGGCGUUUUUAGCGACGAAUUCAGACACGUUAUUGUGCUGGAAAAUUUGAAGAAAUUAGGGUAUGAUUUGUGGCCCAGAGGCAAACCACUAACAAGAGAAGUUAUAAACAUUGUAAUAAAACACUACGCAAUAUUUCAUGCAACUUCAGUGGCUUUGGAAGAGCACUAUCCCGAAAAAUUUCAAAAAUUGCUUAAUGAUUCGACUGAUGAUGUAGUGAAAAAAAUUAUGGAAUCAUCCGCCUUUCUAAAAAUGUUUCAAGGUGCUGUAGAAGAGAUUUAUCAUCUGCUGACAAAUGAUGUUAGAAACGACAUUUUAGAAAAAUGGUUAAAACUUAAAGAUCAAGUCUUUUUCAUUUUGUGUGAAAUGACACCAGGUGUUGGCGAUUUACAAGUGAUAAACCAUGGAGACUCUUGGGUGAAUAACUUUUUGUACAAAUUCCAAAACGAAGAGAGAACAAUCGUUUCCAGUGUUGCUAUACUCGACUGGCAAAAUUCGAAAUUCACGUCACCUGUAACUGACUUGUCGUACUUUUUGUUCGCUGGUAUAUCGAAAGAAGAUAUUGCAGACAUGGACACUAUUUUAAGAGAUUACUAUAAAUACUUUUGCAAGUAUCUAAGGAGACUAGAGAGCAAAUUUGCAGAUAAAUAUACAUUAGAUCAAUUUUUUGACGAGUGGAGGAAGUACAGCAAAUACGGGGCGUUACUGUGCAUUUUGCCAAUUAAAUCUUUAUAUACGGAAAAGGAAGAUCUUCCAGAUAUCGCUGAAACUGCAAACAGAGGAGCUGAGAUUAGCGAUUUUUUUAAAUUUGUAACCAAAGAUAAAAGUGGUUUCAAAGACAGGUUGAGACCAAUUGUUGAAUAUGCUGUUAAGAAUAAUCUAAUUUAA